GAGAGGAUGGUUGCUGGACACGGGGGAUAGUUCUCUCUCCAUUUUUCUCCACUUCAAAGCUUUUUACUUUCUCAGCUGAGGAAAAAAAAAGAUUUCUCUCAGAUCUUCAAGAGAAAACAAUUAUCUCCGUUUAUCUGAAGUAGAAUAAGGAUAAGAAGAUGGGAACAUUGGGGAAAGCAAUCCACACGGUUGGAUUCUGGAUCCGAGAAACCGGCCAAGCCCUCGAUCGCCUUGGAUGUCGCCUCCAAGGCAAUUACUACUUCCAAGAACAGCUGUCGAGACAUCGGACGUUGAUGAACGUAUUCGACAAAGCUCCAAUUGUUGAUAGAGAUGCCUUUGUUGCACCUAGCGCUUCUGUCAUCGGCGAUGUUCAGGUUGGACGGAGUUCUUCUAUCUGGUAUGGCUGUGUUUUGAGAGGUGAUGUCAAUAGCAUCAGUAUCGGGUCUGGAACAAAUAUCCAAGAUAACUCCCUUGUUCAUGUUGCAAAAUCUAACUUAAGCGGGAAGGUUUUACCAACGAUUAUUGGAAGUAAUGUUACUGUCGGUCAUAGUGCUGUUUUACACGGAUGUACUGUUGAGGAUGAAGCAUUUGUUGGUAUGGGGGCUACCCUAUUAGAUGGUGUUUAUGUUGAGAAGCAUGCUAUGGUUGCUGCCGGAGCUCUUGUGAGACAGAACACUAGGAUUCCGUGUGGAGAGGUUUGGGGAGGUAACCCUGCCAAGUUCCUAAGAAAGCUAACAGAAGAAGAGAUGACCUUCAUUUCUCAGUCGGCUCUCAAUUAUACCAAUUUGGCGCAAGUUCAUGCAGCAGAAAAUGCAAAGAGCUUUGAUGAAAUUGAGUUAGAGACGAUGCUCCGCAAGAAAUUUGCACGCCGUGAUGAGGAAUAUGAUUCAAUGCUUGGGGUUGUUCGUGAGACACCUCCUGAGCUUAUCCUUCCAGAUAACAUUAUACCAGAUAAAGCGCCAAAAGCUGCUUAGGAGUGGUAAUUCAAUUUUUUUCUUUUUUGAGAUUCAAUGUUACUGGAUAUUUUGUAAUCAGCUGAGAAUGGCUGCAUUUCAGUUGCAAUAAUUUUGUUGGUGCUGGCUGAGGUGUUGAAAAUUGAAUUAUAGAGCACACUCAUUCGGCUAACCUUAUCAUCCGUUUUGGCUAUUUAGAAGUCGAACUUCAUUUUGCAAACUAAUCUCUGGAUGUUCCAAGUCAUCCAAGGUGGUGUCUUAUGUAUUUGUAUUUGAGCUCAAUUGCUUUGAUCAUGUUUACUGCCAAUAAGAACGUGCAGGUACCCAGUUAUGCUGCAAA